AUGGAUCGAUCUGCCGGCCACGAAAAGUCCCCCGACUCGAGCGAAGUCGACCCGUUUGUACACAAUAUUGCUAUCAAACUAUCUCGAGCUCUGAAUAUUGUGAAUCCCAACGACCUACUCGCCACGCGAGUUAUUAACAUUGUUAAAUCUAAUAGCCCCGACGGGUUUAUCAAAGCUGCACGAGCAUUUGGCAAGUUUCAAGAUUCGUUUUUACAGGAUAUACAUUCGGAAAUUAGUAUACAUCUUGACCAGCAGAAGGAUGGUCAUGUACCCCAACCGAUAGCCGGGAUCGAGGUGCAUGACAGCGAAGUGCUGGAGCCGGAAGCUCCAAGGGCAGGUGGAUUAAUGCGGCCUGACGGUACUAGACACACGUUCCGGGCCCCAGCUAAAUUAGAACCGCCGACACCUCGGACUUCUGUUCUUGGUCUUGACAGGCUCGCCCGGGAGAAACGAAUCAAUGCGACCCUAGAGGCAGCAAGGAAAAAACCCCGACUUGAUAUGCCUGCUGACGGAGAUGUGAACCAGUCGGUAUUUAAAGUUCCCGCGUUACCUGCGAGAUUACAGAACCAGAACCCACGUCAACGAGCAGAGGAAACCCCUUCGCAUGGUGGGGGUUUGAGCGACGCGGCCCGGAAGCGUUUGGACGAUUAUCGUCGAUCGAGGGACCAGCAACACGACGGAGUUGCUGCGCCGCGUGAGUCUCGAGACGAUGCACCUCGUGGACUGGGCGACUUUCAACAGCGAGCCAACAAGGACCGCCGUAGGGGUAGAUACGACCGAAGCCAAUUCGCUGAACCUCCUACCCCAAGUGCGAGUGUCCGGGUUCCGAACGUCGGCUGGGAUUCUACUCCCAGGGUAGGUGGAGGUUCAAACGAAGGCGGCUGGGGACGUGUGAAGGAACAGCGAUGGGAUGCGACUCCCAUGGCCAAACGAAAAGGAGACGAAGACGAGGAUGAAUUUGGCGGUGCCCUUGAAACAAGAGAGUGGGAAGAAGAACAAGUUAGGUUGGACCGAGAUUGGUAUAUGACCGGUGAAGAAGGCGGGGUGGUUGGAAACGAGGAGUAUAACCCACUUGCGCAAUACGAAGAUUUGGAUGCUGUUAAACAGGCUGAGAUUGCUACUAAGCAAGUGAAAAAGAUAUCCGCUCGUCAAGCCCAAUAUAAUGCCGACAAUGACCUCUGGGAAGCCAACCGGAUGGUUACGUCAGGUAUCGCUUCUCGCAAACAGCUCGACCUCGAUUUCGCAGAGGAUGAUUCUGAAAGUACUGUCCAUGUCUUGGUACACGAUCUCAAGCCUCCUUUCCUCGAUGGACGCACGGUUUUUACCAAACAACUUGAACCCAUCAACCCUCUGCGUGACGCAACUAGUGAUAUGGCCGUAUUUGCCAAAAAGGGGAGCGCUCUAGUUAAAGAGAAGCGUGAACAGGCGGAGCGGGCCCGUGCAGCUGCUAAAAUGGCAGCCUUGGGAGGAACAGCUUUGGGCAACAUCAUGGGUGUCAAGGACGAAGAAGCAGAGGCGGAAAAUGAGGCGGAAAAAAAUGCGGCGGGUAAGAAGGAAGAGGAUUACAAGGGCGACUCCAAGUUUGCGAGCCAUCUCAAGACGAAUGCUGCCACCUCGUCCUUUGCCAAGUCUCGAACGCUCAAGGAGCAACGAGAGUACCUGCCUGCGUUUGCCUGUCGUGAAGACUUGAUGAAGACUAUUCGCGAGAAUCAAGUGAUCGUCGUCGUUGGUGAAACCGGAUCCGGAAAAACGACUCAAUUGGCACAGUUCUUGUACGAAGACGGCUAUUGUAAACAUGGUAUUAUUGGAUGCACACAACCGCGUCGUGUUGCAGCAAUGUCCGUGGCGAAGCGUGUUAGUGAAGAAAUGGAGGUCACUCUCGGUUCGACUGUCGGAUACGCAAUCCGUUUCGAAGAUUGUACCUCCAAAGAAACAAAGAUCAAGUACAUGACUGAUGGUGUCUUGCUACGUGAAUCCUUGAAUGAGGGCGAUCUCGAUCGUUACAGCGUUAUUAUUCUUGAUGAGGCACACGAGCGAUCGCUUAGUACUGACGUACUGAUGGGUUUGCUCAGGAAGAUUUUAUCACGCAGGCGAGACUUGAAGUUGAUCGUCACCUCUGCUACUAUGAAUGCUGAAAAGUUCUCCGAUUUCUACGGACAGGCCCCUUGCUUUACAAUUCCCGGUCGUACUUUCCCUGUCGAAAUGUUCCACAGCAAGUCUCCUUGCGAGGACUAUGUCGAUAGCGCAGUCAAACAAGUACUUCAAAUUCAUUUGUCCCUCCCUCCUGGUGACAUCCUAGUGUUUAUGACCGGGCAAGAAGAUAUCGAAGUCACUUGCCAAGUAGUCACUGAGCGUUUGUCUCAGCUAGAUGACCCUGCACCGUUGGCCGUGCUUCCUAUAUAUUCUCAGAUGCCGGCUGAUCUACAAGCCAAGAUCUUCGAGGCCACAAGCGAUGGCCGACGCAAGGUUAUCGUUGCCACUAACAUUGCCGAGACUUCCUUGACCGUGGAUGGUAUCCUUUAUGUCGUGGACUCUGGGUAUUCGAAGCUCAAAGUUUACAACCCAAAGGUCGGUAUGGACGCGCUACAGAUCACUCCUGUCAGCCAAGCCAAUGCAAACCAACGUACUGGGCGUGCCGGACGAACAGGUGCUGGAUUCUGUUAUCGGUUGUAUACUGAGAUGGCCUUUCGAAAUGAGAUGUUUCCAAAUACCAUACCCGAAAUUCAGCGUACCAACUUGGCCAAUACUGUCCUGUUGCUUAAAUCGCUGGGCGUCAAGAACUUGCUCGAGUUCGAUUUCAUGGAUCCUCCGCCACAGGCGAAUAUCUUGAAUUCCAUGUACCAACUUUGGGUCCUCGGAGCAUUGGACAACGUUGGUGACUUGACACCGGUUGGUCGCAAAAUGUCGGAAUUCCCCAUGGAACCGUCCAUGGCGAAGAUGCUCAUCACCUCGGUCGAGUACAAAUGCUCCGCCGAGAUGCUUACCAUUGUCUCGAUGCUCUCGGUCCCUUCCGUGUUCUACCGACCUAAAGAGAGGCAGGAAGAAGCCGAUGCCGCGCGCGAGAAGUUCUCAGUCAAUGAGAGCGACCACCUCACCCUUCUCAAUGUGUUCCAAAUGUGGAAAACCUAUGGGUAUCGGGAUGACUGGUGUAUGAAGCAUUUCCUCCAUCCCAAGCUGUUGCGCAAGGCACGUGAAGUACGGCAGCAGCUGGAAGAUAUUAUGAAAAUGCAGAAAAUGGAAAUUAUCUCGGCAGGAACAGAUUUCGAUGUAGUCAGGAAAGCAAUUUGCUCUGGAUACUUCCAUCAGGCUGCACGCGUGAAGGGUAUUGGUGAAUUCGUGAACAUUAGAUCCGGUUUACCUACUCAUCUGCACCCCACAAGUGCACUCUAUGGCUUGGGAUAUACACCAUCAUAUGUGAUCUACCACGAACUAAUUAUGACGUCAAAGGAAUAUAUGACACAAGUCACAGCAGUGGAUGCAUACUGGCUGGCUGAGCUUGGUUCUGUAUUCUAUUCCGUCAAAGAGAAGAACUUUGAUGAGAGAGGAGCUAGGCGAAAGGCCGAUCGCGAGUUUUCUAAACGAGCGGAGCUGGAAUCUGAGAUGGCGCGCCAGCGUGACGAGGUUGCCAAAAAGCAGGCAGAAUCCGAGGCCUCUUCGAAUGAACGGAAAUCUUCUGCGCGCAUUGCCGUACCCGGUACUCCUAGGCAUGUAGGAAUCGGUGCGGGCGCCAGGGUCGGCCAGACACCCCGACGAAGAGUUGGAUUGUAA